AUGGCUCUCACUCACGCUGCCAUUAUUGUCAUUGUUCUCGUCGGCUGUCUCGCUGCCACGGCCCUCGGCGCAUCACUCUUCAAGCAUUACAGUCCAAGCCCAGAUGCCGAAGAUGGCCGAUUCAGCGCCAGCAACGAGCAGAAGAUAUACAUGGCGCAAGUGCGGGCGCGCGGAUUCGACGGUCUGAUGCAAGCCUGUUCUGAUCCUCGAGAUCUCGAGGCGCGCUAUACCCCAGCGGGGUCGGGCUACUAUCGCCCCCACACUGAAGUCAAAGACAGCAGUUCAUGA